UCGGGAGGCCGAGGUCAGGAAUUCUCUCUCACAACCAUCUUGGAUAUAGAAUCCUAGCUCGACACAAGCAUGCCUGGUGAAGCCACAGAGACGGUCCCGGUCACUGAGCAGGAGAUGCAGCAGCCACAAGUUGAGACUGCGGCACCCUCUGCCCCUGCAAGUGUGGCUACCUCCCAGGAACCCCAGGCUGCUUCUGGCCCUGCCAAGCCCAAAGGCAAAGAGGCCAAGGGUGGCUCGACCCCAAAGGCUGUCCCUGGCAGAAGAAAAAAGACCUCAAUAUCUGCCUCCUCCUCUUCUCCUACCUCCCCAAAGCAAACCUCAACACCCUGUUCCCCCUUAGCUACCUGGGGCAUCUGGAGCUCCCAGCCAGGGCAACCGUGCCGUCCCAAAGGUUGUAAAGGCUGGCAAACAAGGAAAGGCUAAGAAAGGAGAGGCUUUCAAGCCUGCUGUUGACCUGCCAGCCCCAGCCAAAGCUCCUGCCCCACAGAGGCCAAACCUGUUCCUAUUGAGCUUAAAGCUGCUCCUGCACCAGUAGUGGCCAUGCCAGCACCUGUUGCUGCAGAUCCUGCACCUGCCUCACCCAUCUCUCCCAAGCCUGAGGCUUCCCCUGUGGCCUUCAAAGUGACCUCAAAGCCUGCUGCAUCAGCCCCUAUGUCAUUUGCUGAUGCUGUUGCCUCUAGCCCACUUAAAGCUGCCCCUGAAAUGCCUAAGGCCAAGCCUAAGCCUGUACCCAAAGCUGAGGUGAAAGAGGUCAAGGCAACCCCUGCACCAGCUAAGCCUGCUCUGGAGGAUGAUGACCUUCCACCACUCAUUCCACCAGAGGAGCCAGUAAAGAUGACAGUCUACUCACCCCCUACAGUAAUAGAGGCUCCUAAGCCUGCCCUAGUUGCUUCUCCAGCUCCCCCUAAACCAGCUCCAGUUGAGCCUGUUGUAGCUGCACCAGCUCCGCCCAGGCCUGCGCCAAUUAAGCCCGUUGUAGCUGCACCAGCUCCGCCCAGGCCUGCGCCAAUUAAGCCCGUUGUAGCUGCACCAGCUCCGCCCAGGCCUGCGCCAAUUAAGCCCGUUGUAGCUGCACCAGCUCCGCCCAAGCCUGCGCCAAUUAAGCCCGUUGUAGCUGCACCAGCUCCGCCUAAGCCUGCACCAAUUAAGCCCGUUGUAGCUGCACCAGCUCCGCCCAAGCCUUGCCCAGUUGAGCCCAUUGUAGCUGCACCAGCUCCACCCAAGCCUGCGCCAAAAAAGCCCGUUGUAGCUGCACUAGCUCCGCCCAAGCCUUGCCCAGUUGAGCCCGUUGUAGCUGCACCAGCUCCGCCCAAGCCUUUCCCAGUUGAGCCCAUUGUAGCUGCACCAGCUCCGCCCAAGCCUGCGCAAAAAAAGCCCGUUGUAGCUGCACCAGCUCCGCCCAAGCCUGCGCCAAAUAAGCCCGUUGUAGCUGCACCAGCUCCGCCCAAGCCUUUCCCAGUUGAGCCUGUUGUAGCUGCACCAGCUCCACCUAAGCCUGCGCCAAUUGAGCCUGUUGUAGCUGCACCAGCUCCACCCAAGCCUGCGCCAAUUGAGCCUGUUGUAGCUGCACCAGCUCCACCCAAGCCUGCGCCAAUUGAGCCCGUUGUAGCUGCACCAGCUCCACCCAAGCCUGCGCCAAUUAAGCCCAUUGUAGCUGCACCGGCUCCGCCCAAGCCUGCGCCAAUUGAUCCUGUUGUAUCUUCCCCUAAGCCUGUUGAAGUAGCGAUUGUACCACCUCCAGUUUCAAAACCUGCCCCCACCCCUGCUAAAACCCCAACCAAACCGGAGCCUGUGACCAAGAAUGAGGGGUCUGGCACUGAAUCGGACAGCGAUGAGUCUGUACCAGAUCUGGAGGAACAGGACUCUGCACAGACACAGCAAGCACAGCUUGCAGCUGCUGCAGAAAUAGAUGAGGAACCCGUUAGCAAAGCCAAACAGAGCCGUAGUGAAAAGAAGGCACGAAAGGCAAUGUCAAAGCUGGGCCUCAGGCAGGUGACGGGGGUCACCAGGGUUACCAUUCGCAAGUCUAAGAACAUCCUAUUCGUCAUCACCAAACCAGAUGUCUACAAGAGCCCUGCAUCAGACACUUACAUUGUCUUUGGUGAGGCUAAGAUCGAGGAUCUCUCACAGCAAGCCCAGUUGGCAGCGGCAGAGAAGUUCAAGGUACAGGGAGAAGCUGUGUCGAACAUCCAGGAGAACACACAGACGCCCACCGUACAGGAGGAGAGCGAAGAGGAAGAGGUUGACGAGACCGGGGUCGAGGUGAAGGACAUUGAACUUGUGAUGUCACAAGCCAACGUGUCGCGAGCGAAGGCUGUACGCGCCCUGAAAAACAACAACAACGACAUUGUCAACGCAAUUAUGGAGUUGACGAUGUAGGCUGCUGGAGUCGACGGGGUUCUGAAAGGUUGCUGAUUUUAAUCUAUCGUUGGUACAAUUUAUACCCAAGAUAGAAAUAAAGAUGUGGCUUGGUAAAUCGA